UUUGUAUACUGUUAAAAUAUUGAGUUUCGAGUACUGUAUGUGUUGUGUGUAUUAGUUAAUUACAGGUUACCAUGUCGAGCACUUCACAGAAACACAGGAACUUUGUUGCUGAACCUAUGGGAAACAAACCUGUAACUGAGUUAGCAGGAGUCGGCGAAGCAGUAGGCAGCAGAUUUCAGAGACUGGGCUAUGACAAGGCAAAUUCUGUAUUGGGGCAGUACUUGGUUCUUGGGAGGAAUAAGGAGAAUUUUGUUGGUUGGAUGAAGACAACAGCUGGUGCAAAUCAGAAACAGGCUAAUGAUUGUUACCGUUGUCUCUCAGAGUGGAGUGAUCAGUUUUUGUGAACUGCUGAAACAACUAAAAAUUAGUUUUCAAGCUAUGUAUGUGUUUUACAAAUUAAAUAGCUUUAUUGUAUUUUCUGUAUCUUGGUUCGGUGCUCUUUCAGCUGAUUGUAAUAUGUGUUAGUCAGAAUAUUAUUACUGUUGCCUAUUGGAGUAAUUGCUUUUUGUUGGUCAGGUUUUUGAUAUAAAAGUGGGUGCAUUUUUUGUUCAGUUUGAAACUAUCACGACUCUGGGAUUAGAAUGAUAGAUUUUUGUAAAUUGGUGUUUGGAAAUUUUGUUUGUAAGAGAUGUGUUCUAAAAAAGACCAGAAUGUUAUUAUAAUGUCUUUAUUGCUCAUGGUACUUCAUUUUAAGCACUGUUCCACAUAAAGUAGUACUCUUCACCCUUCCCAAUAUUUCUUCCAUUUUUGGAAAGCCAUGGUGGAAUGCACUUUCUGGGAUGGUGCACAGUUCUCAUCACAUUGUCCUGAUCUCCUCUGUGGUUUGGAAACAACAGCCUUUCAAGCUGGUUUUAAAUUUGGGAAGCUAGGUCUGGAGAAGGGUGGCUGCAUCACAGUGUGAGUCUUCAUGUUCUGCCAGAUGGCUGCAGACAUGGAGCAAUGCACGAGCUGGCACAUUGUCAUGAUACAACAUCCAUGUUCAGUUAGUCUACAGUUCAGGUCUCAUCCUGCCACAAAAUUCCUGAAACAUGCAAACAUUUCCUGAUAACUUCCUAGUUUUACGAGGUGGUACAAAUUCCUGACGGACAAUGCCUUUGCGGUAAAAAAACUUUUUUUUUUUUUUGCCCCCCCUGGGAAGAGAUCCUGUGCCCACCCACUGUAACAACUGCACAGCCAUGAACCCACAUCACAGCCAUAAACCCACAUCCCAUCUCCUGUUACGGUGUUCUUAAGGAAGUUUUCAUUGUCCUGGCCGAUUUCAACAUGCAUGUCUGGUCAUCAGUCAAAAAUGUGGCACGAAUUUUGCAUUGCCACAAUGGAUUAGAAGUUUGUCACGCAAAAUUAUGGCUUGAUCCUUCACUGGUGCUCACUUUGUCAGCAGCUUCUGAACAGUUAAACAAUUCAAUAAAUCACAGCAUGAACUUUCUUGAUGUGGCCUUCAUCUGAUGUGGUACACACACACACACACACACACACACACACACACACAGUAGCUGGAGCAUGCUCCCUCUGCCAGUUGAUGCUCUGUUUCAAAAGUUGUCUUCUUUUUGGACACAUCUCAGAUAUUCAUAUUUGGUCUUGUGAUGUCUUAUGCAUAUAGAAGGCGAUUAAUUCUAGACAUGUUCUUUCUUAAAGACUAUAAUCUAAUUUGUAUAAACAUAGUAAAGUAUCAUUUAAAACAUAGCUAUUUUCAGAUAUAAUUUGUUAAUUUUUGUUUUCAAUGAAACUAAACCAUUAAAUGUUCCAUUUGUUUAUUUUGCUGCAUGUAGUUUUGAUGCAUAUUAAGGAUAUUGUGUA